AUGCCGCGACCCAGUGCUCUCCCAGCAGGAUACCGCGCUGCAAACCCAUCCGCACACCUCCUUUCCCGCGCUCUGAACCUCGCACCAGAACACAACCAUCUUCUUCACACUAACAACAGCACAACCGACCCAAUCCCAGACCCGUCCGCAUCACUCCGACCCGAGUCCCUACAGAACCCGUACUCUCUCAACAAAAUCAUAUCUUGGUGCGCGGGGGACGGCCGCCUGUCGACCGGAAUCCAACUCCACGGCCAAGCCGUCAGAAGGGGCUUCGUUCCCAACGUGCACGUCGCCACCUCCCUGCUCAACAUGUACGCCAAGUGCGCCGAGACCCCGCGGGCCCACCAGCUGUUCGCCGAAAUGCCCCACCGGAACGCGGUCACCUGGAAUGCCUUGAUUUCUGGUUACGUGAGGGCCCGUGAUUCGUCUGCUGCUUUUGCCCUGUUUGUUGAGAUGCUGAGGGAGGAUAUGACAGUGACGCCUUUCGGGCUUUCGGCCGUGUUUGUGGCCUGUGCGCAGCUGGACAACCUCGUGCUUGGCGAUCAAAUACACGGGCUGAGCUUGAAAUCGGGCCUCGAGUCGAAUGCGGUGGUGGGAAGAAGCUUGAUCGACAUGCGGGCAAAGUGCGGGGACAUGGAGGGCUCGGAAAAAGUAUUCGGUAAAUUAUUCGAUAAGAACGUGGUUGCUUGGACUUCGAUUAUCUCUGGGUACGCUCUCAACGGGCGUUCAUAUGAAGCAAUGGGUUUGAUCCGAGAAAUGUUCUCUUCAGGCGUCAAGGCGAACUUCGUUACGUACAGCAGUCUACUGAGCUCAUUUCACUGUAAAGAUGAUUUAAUUCACUGCCAGCAGAUUCAUUCUCGUGUGAUUCGUGAGGGUCUGGAAUUCAACCCUCACGUGUCGACCACGUUACUAGUCGUGUACUCGGAUUGCGGUUGCAGCCUAACUGAGCUUUAUAGAAUUUGCUCGUCCGUCGUGAUAUGGGAUCAGGUCGCAUAUAAUGCUGCCAUCGCUGGAUUUGCCAACCUGGCGGCUGCUGAGGUGGCGCUCACGUGUUUUUCCCGGAUGAGGAGGUUCCGUGUGGCUGUCGAUUUCUUCACUUUCUCGAGCGUUCUGAAAGCUCUUGCAAACGUGUCGGCUCUUCAGGAAGGGAAACAGGUGCACGCCCUUAUCUCCAAGACUCAGUUCAUCACGAACCUUUACGUUCAGAAUGGGCUCGUUUCUAUGUAUGCCAAGUGUGGCGAGAUUGGGCCCGCCAAGAAUGUGUUUGCCUCGAUUGCUUGGCCCGAUAUUGUCUCUUGGAACUCGCUGCUCACGGGCUGCGCUCAACAUGGGUUCGGUUAUGAAGUCGUCCAAUUGUUCGAAAAAAUGAGGAGGAGCCCAGUUGCUCCGAACCCGACCACUUACCUUGCAGCUCUCAUGGGCUGCAGCCAUGCUGGACUUCUCGAGAAAGGGCUCGAGUAUUUUAAUAUGAUGGAAAAAGACGAGUCUUUUCCUCCAGCCCGUUUGGACCACUAUGCAUGUCUUGUGGACCUGUAUGGUCGGGCCGGGCUUUUGCAUGAGGGUGAAGCUUUUAUUAAUAGCAUGCCUAUUGAAAAAGGUCCGUCUGUUUAUAAAGUUCUGUUGAGCGCAUGCCAGGUUCACGGUAAUAAGGAUAUUGCUGUAAGGUGCGCGAGGAAGAUUGUGGAGUUGUGUCCUGAUGAUCCAUCUGUUUACGUUUUGCUGGCAAAUGUGUUGGCGAAUGAGGGUAGUUGGAGUGAUGCGGCUCAAGUGCGUAGGAUGAUGUGUGAUAAGGGGGUGCGGAAAAAUCCUGGCUUUAGCCGGUUGAGUUCAUCGGAAAUGAUCAAACAGGAACACUAUUAGGAAAAAAUGUUUUCUCUGACUAGGAAAGCCCUGGAGUUUUUUGAAGUCGCUCGCUGGAGGUUUUCUAAUCUCCAACAGGCUAAAGAAAAGGGGAAUCAAAGAAUUUCAACAACGAACCAUUUUCUUUAACGUCACAAACAAUGCUAUUUAGAGCAGGGGCUCCAGUGAAAUACUAUUUGUGGCGAGUCAUGCAUUUCUUUUCAACUUUUGGUUAAAGCUAAAAGUGGUAUUCAUAGUCCACCAAUGAAAGCCGAUAUCCAAGCCCCAAAUAACGCAGCAAGUCCUUUAUAUACAUCUUUUCCAUCCACAACAGCAACAUUUACGCAGUUAUCAAGUGAAAUUUUACUGCAAUGGCUCAACUUGAAAGGACAAGAAGAUCCACCGACACCCAGAAAACGCCUACUGCUCAAACUUCACCAACUUUCGAGCAGCUGCUAAUAGUCGACGAGGCAUACUGGUCGCCAACCACAUCUCCUAGGUCGUUAAUGAACCACGGGCAUCAAGAAGAAAGUAUGAGCCCUCCACAAAACCGAAAAUCGGUUAUUGCCAAAGUAAAGGAGAAAGCCAAGAAGCUGAGGCACUCUCUCAGCGGCCGAAAGAACAUCAACGAAAACGAGCUUAUUGAUGACAAUACAACCCCACUAUAUGGCCUCGACUUAGAUGAACACGAUGAUGACAGGCCCGUGGAGGAUCCCGAAUACCUCGGAGCUCCAAUGUACGAGUCGGAAGGCGCACCUGAGAGCUUAAGAGAGAACGCGCGACAGAACCCGAGGGCUGUGCCCGUGGUCUCCGAGAGCCAUUGGUUCCCGAUAAGGACCAAACCACCCGAAGCAUUACCUGUGACCGAAACUAUCCACAAACUCCCUUCCAAGAUUUCCGGGCUUUCCGUCUCACCAGAGACGGAAAAUGGUGAGACGGGAAGGAUUGGUAACCGGGACAAAACGGGAAAUCCGAGCCCUCAGAAGUGGGACAAAGGGGUGUCGGUGAAAGAGUACUUCAUGAACAAGCUGGAGCCCGGGGAGGAUGAUCGGGCCCUUUCGCGGGCUAUUACGGAUGCCAUUAGCCCGAAGAAAGUAACUAACAACACGGGAGUGGUGGAAAAAGUGAAAGAGGCCGUCAGUUCGUUUUUCUGGGACGAUGAGCUGUCGAACUCGGCAGCGAAGCCCGCAAACCCGAGACUUUACCUCUCUGAUGCUGCCAGCUCAGCUCCUCGUCUACCAGUUUCGUCUAAUGCACGCACAGUUUCUGCUGAAGAAGAAAAUCAUGGGAAGAUACUGCAAACCAACUGAACACUUGCAGAAUACACGAUAACAUAAUCGGUUUUCAUCGAUUUUUGGAGCCUUAUGCAGACUACAAGAUAGUUUUUACCUUGUAGUUUCCUCACGUUUUGUUUAUUUAUUUUAUUCUUUAUUAAACCCGCCUGCAUUCAGGCAGAGGUUUAGCCAUGUUCUUACCAGUUUGCAGUAUCUAGUUUAAUUACUUUUCAUUUUUUA